UCAUUGUAGUGUAUGAGAUUUUUCAAUAAUAAAUCCUCCGUACGUCGUAGACGUCGAUCAAGAAAACGAAGAAAACAAACUUUGCAUCAAAAAUUUUGUUUUGAGUUGUUUUGCAAAAUUGCUUUAGGAUUAUCGUUUGAAAUUUUGUAAGGAAGCAUCUCAGAAUAUCGAACUAUUGAAGUGGUUAAAGUGAAUUAGUGGUAAUAGAAUUACAGGAUAAUUUCUGGUGAAGAUAAAAAGUGACGAAACCUUACACAAAACUCUUCUGUAGAGUGAUUUAUUCCCAAAAACUAGAAGCUUGUAGUAAACAAUCUAAUUAUGGAUGCAUCCAGUGAGGAAAAGAAAGUAAUAGUGCCAAUUAGGCAGGACCAACAUUUCAUCGCAAUCGUUAACAGUCUGCUGGACACCCUCGGGGAGAAAGAUGAACAGCUCAGAAGCACCACCGAAGCAUCGCUGAUAAGGAUUGCCAAGCGUCGACAUGACGAAAUCGUAGAAGUGUUCUGCGAGUACCGCAAGAAGCACCCGAAGCUGGGAGACGCCCAAGCUUCGAUUAUAUUAAGAGUGAUAGAACACGUCGUAAUCAAUCUCAUGGACCAAAUCACACAUGAAACGGCAUCCAAGUGCGUCGAGUACAGUGUGAAUGAGAUAACGCGAUCACCGGACCAGCAAGCAGACGUCCAAAACCCAUGCCGGGAAAUUCUGGUAUCAGUCGGCAGACGGUACUGCAAGGAAGUAAUGGAUGCACUGGCGAAACAUGUGGAACAACACCAAGUUGCCCAUUUUAUGAUACUGUACUCGAUGGGAUCGCUAGCCACAGCCAACAUCUUGGAAUCGAUUCCGCUGAUAAAACCCAUUUUAGGGUUUAUACUUCCCACGCUUUCCUCUAUCAAACAAGACUACGUACGACAGUCGUACGCAUUUGCAAUCGGACGAUUUUGCGAAGCAUUCUGUGAAUACAAGGAACAUCAGCGUCUCCAUCCGAAUGAGGAAACUCCGAUGAAAACCGGAAUCACACAUGAUAUAGCCGAUGAAGUUGGAAUAGCAUAUGAUUUGUUUCAAAGUCAGUGGCUGCCGUCACGCGAGCCUAAACUUUCGUAUGAAGUUCUUGUCUCCCUAUCGUAUAUGUAUCCUUUGCUAACGGUUGAGAAAAUUAACGAUGGAUUGAUGAAAGUGAUACCAGCUACACUGGCACUCUACCGACGCAGUGUAGAUCGAAGUGUUGUAACGCAAUACUUAGCAUCGAUCAUAAAAACCGUACUGGCUUUGAACUCGACCCUGCUGUCCGGCUUAUCAGACAACAUUAUAGCGUGUCUAUUCGACCUUGUAUGCGUCAACCCAGACUACGAAAAGCCACAAACCGUCAAAGGUCACUAUGAGGUUCUCCGAUGCUUCGAUCUAAUGGCUAACGAUUACGGCGAUAAGAUUAUCGAAAUACUAAUCAUCCACCUACGCAGCAACAAUGAACGCGAAAGGAUCAAAUCCUUACUCGUGCUGACUCAUCUUACAAACACAUCGGAGCGAGUCAUCAACGAGAAGCAGCACGAAAUAACGACCAUACUGAAGACGAUGCUGUCUGCGGAGCGAUCUAUCAAGCUGAAAAUGGUGCUGCUGAAGACGAUCGUUGCAUUCACGCAGCGGAGCUUCGUGCACGAGAAGGAAUUCGUGACUUUUUUGAUAAAAGGCAGCUGUAAGUUGAAUAAGUUCAACACAGAGCACGGCACUAAUGAUGAAUAUCUGGAGUUUGUGCAAGCAUGCAACAAUACGCUGGUCAUACUGUCGUCUACUGUUGGCACAAUUGACGACAUAUUGAAAAUGGAACUUCUGCAAAGUUACCUCAGAUUGGAAUUCACCGACAUUUGCAGCACGAUUGCCAAAUGUUUGGCGAAUCUACUGACAAAAAAUCCGGAAAUUAAUCGCGUCCCAGAACGACGGAACCCAUUCGACGAGAAUGAACCCAGCGAAGAUAUCAGACCACCGAAUCCGAUAUCAAUUUUUGUUCGUUCGCUGGCACUAUUGGGCAACUUUUCCGAAACAAGCAGGGUGCAGAAUGUUCUAGCAUUCCUCAAAAGCUAUUGCACCAAUCUGUACAAGCACCUGGCGCCCCUGUGGAAUGAACGAAUUGGAAACGUACUCGCGGAACUGGGUAAUGGAAACAGUAUGGACCAGAAUCGAUACGAUUUGGUUUUGUUUGAUUUUCUACAAGCGACGAUCAAGGACGUGGAUGAGUUUAAGUUUGUUGAGGGGAUCAUCGCAGAAAUAUUCCAGCAACUACCUCUGUAUCAACCGAUAUCGACUAGUUCUAGCCAGCAACAGAUCGAGUUCAAGGUUCCGACUCUAGAUCAGGAGAAACGAAUGCUGGUCAAAGUUUUGGGAAUGUGCCUUUGUCACUCAGUGGACGAACAUUUGAUAACGAACAAAAUCGAUUUGAUAGUGGGAUUGGCCAAAGCCGAAAAGCUGGAGAAGAAUGCCCUGAAUGAGGAGUACGAGCAACUUGUCAAGGAUCAUGCGCAAGCCUUGGGUUUCGUUUCGGUUGAACACAGUGAAAAAGUUAUGAAAAAACUUCUUGCUUUGGUGAUCGACGACGGGACAGUGAAAAAAUCUGGAAGCUUUUUCUCGAAUUUAAACUUUAUCAAGGAUACGAGCAAAGAACAGGAAACCUUCAAAACGAAGGUUAUGGUUCUGCAAGCGUUGAACUUUGUGGUGACCAAAGCUCCUCAGGAAAAAGUAGUUCGUCUUUUCGACGAAACCGUUAUAAACUACUUGACUGCUCAAUUCGACAACAAAGAAUUGUUUAUCAGAAAGUUAAUUCUUAGCACGUUACUUAGCCUAGCCGAUAUUCUACUACUUAAUCCAAAUGCUUUACCCGAAGAUCAUAUGAACAACUUCAAAAACAAGAAUGAGCUUCUCAAAAUAUGCAUGAAUAUAACAUGUGACUCGCAGAAUGAAUACCUCCCGUUGUUCCCGCUUAUUCUAAAAUUGUCUACGGCUCUUAUCAAGCUCAACGGCGAAGAUGAAAAUGUGGAUGUCAAUGGACUACUGAACACCGCUUGUUUCUAUUUCUUCACAACGGCUCAGAACUUGAAAAGCAAGUUUGACUCAAUAGAAGAAGACAAUCGAAACAGUUAUCUAGCAAAGUACCUAAAUUUGUCGCUGCCAGAGCUAAAUCAGUUUAUUAAAUCUAUCCUCGAACAACAAAACGGAUCACCAGCCUGUCUGGAUGACAUAAACUCGAUCCUAGAGAUUUGGCUCAAGGAUCGGAAUAACGAGGUUCGCAUUUGUGCCGGUCACGUGUACAACAAUACGCUGGAGAUAUACAUGCGGGCGAUGAAGAUUGGCUAUGAAGCGCCGUCCAAGUUCAAUCAAACCGGAAGCCUGUUGGGAAAAAUUAUCCCACGUUGCAUUGAUUCCAAUGCCACAGUCCGACAGACGGCCAUUGAUGUGCUGAAAAAGAUUUUGGAAAUAGCUUGCAUAUAUGAAACCUUGACGAUCGCGGACAAUCGCGUAGAUUGGGUGAAGGAACUGGAUUCGAUAAGGGACGAAAUUGUGACAGACGAUGCAAAGGAUAUCUAUCGGAUUGCCGGACAGUUGGCGAACAUAAUUGCACAGCGUCUUUCGAGCUAUCAGUACGUGCAGUUCAGCAAAUGUUUGCUGUACAGUUUGAAUGAUCCAGAGCAAAGCUCGGCCAUCGGAGCUUCGGUGGUUUUGAAGUUUUUCAUGCAAGUGAAGGGAGCUGAAAUGUUCCAUGCUAUCCCGGAGCUGGUCAAGGAGUGUCUUUAUGCAGUGAAAAUUUGCGAGGUUUCAAGAGCGCGAUCAGGAGUGCUGAAAUCAAUGCUGGCUCUGACCAAACACCACCCCAAACUAGUGUGCAAUGAAAUUCUCGGCCAGAGUUUACCAUUGGAAGAAAAUGUUAUAGACUACUGGCGCAUAAUAACAUUGGAUGCAGAAUUGACCGGUAUAAUAUUGGAUAACUUUAUUGGAGCCGUCACCACAUCUUGCCUCUACGAGCAACAACACCAGGAAAACCCUCGUGAUGAUGCCCAGAAAGCAGUCACACUUAUGCCGUUUUCAAUCAUUUGCGUUUUCUAUGAAAUUUUCAAAUGUCACGAUAUAAAAUCGGAGCUGAAGGCAAGAUUUACGGAAAUCUUCUGUAUGCUUCUUUCAACGUUAGCGACCUACAUAAAUCUACUUCCACCGUGCAACCAUUCGAUUCCUCAAGAGGGAUCAAAUGUAACCAUUCCCAAAAGCGUCAAACGUGGGAAAUCUAUCAUCAAAGAUGCGAGAAUGAAUCCGUGUCAGAUCGCUUUGGACACAUUUAAGACUUUCCUGGACACAUUGGAAAUGCAGCAAAUAUCCAACGUACUUUGCAUAUGCCCCGACUUAGCUUCCAGUACCGAUCUGAAUAGUUUCAUUGAAAUUCUAACGCCUUUAAGCGUGGCAACAGCGAGUGAAGUAGGCAUCAAUUCAACUACCAUGAAGCAAAUCGUUACCACGUUGAGUAAAUACGUGAGCAGUCCUUAUGAUACGCAAAGGAUUGCAUCUACCGGUUUCUACUCUCACCUAGUUCCGUUGAAACCAUGCGGCGAGAUAUCAUCAGUCAUUAUGCUUCAUCUCAAUUCUUCUCUCAACGAUCCGAAUCCUCUAGUACGAGGCCUUAGCAUUCGCGGAAUGGCCUAUCUAUGCAAUCUCACGGAGCACGAUAUCGACAAGUACUCCGAAAUGUGUCUGACGGCACUGCUCAAGGGAAUCGAUGACUACAACAAGAACUGCUUUAUCAACAUCCCCUUGGAAAGCAUGCGAGGACUUUCCAAAAUACUGCAAGCCCUUCCACAAGACAAGUUCCAAAUGUUCCAGGUAUCGCUGGCCAUUCGGAUCAAACCGUUUUUCGAGAAUGCUUCAACGGAGUUGCGGGAAUCGGCCAUUCUGCUGUUUGGGGACCUUUGUCAUCAGAAAGCAACCCUAGCACAGCAACAGCAGAUCAAUGGAUCCACCGAUUCGGACGAAACUCUUGUUUCGGAGUCUCUCAAGGAACAACUGAAAGGAAAUUUGUGCUCACUACUGUUGCACUUGAGUGAAGAAAAUAACCUAAUCGCAAGGGCUUGCAAAAUUACCUUGAAAAAUGUGUGUGCAUUACUGGAAACUGAAAAGAUGAAUCAGUUGGCUCAAAAUCACCUCCUGGAACACGGUCAGUUGCAGUAUGGGAAUUUCAUUAAGGAUUUCGUGAAGCAUAUUGGUGAAGAGCUGCCAGAAUCAGUGAAUGAUUUCAUCGAUGCCUGCCUUCCAUUCUUGCGAAGUCAGUGGCCAGAAAUACGGGGAAACGCUGUAAUUUUAAUAGGUUUACUACACACCCAGCAUAAAUCGACAUACCAGGUUGACGCCGUGGGGCAUAAAAUUUCUCUUCUACUGAAGGACGAGGAUGCCGGUGUGAAGACAAAGGCUGCUGAAGGGCUGGGCUAUAUUUAUGGUGAAUGUUAGACAACUUUCUUCGCCGGAUCGCUAGCUAGAGGUGUGAAUGAUCUUUGUAUUUUCAUCUGUUGUAUUUAUUCAGAUCAUCAAUCCGUAAGGUAGAAACGUGCUUAAUCAAAACUUUAUGCUGAAGAAAUGCUUUAUAAGAGGGCUCGUGAUAAUGUUCGAGACAUAUACUGGUCAAUAUUUUAUACGGAAUAUGAAUCAUUUAUUAAACAAAAA